UCACGGGGUAGGCGCGUGGGGGCUCAGUACAAUAUACCUGCUGGCCUCGUGUCGGCAAACACCUGCUCCACAUCAGUUAGGUGCCUCGGUCCAGCCGGCCCUUUGUCCCACCGGGAGUGAUAUAAACCCAUACCUCAGUCCGGCUCUUUGCCAGUCAAGUUUCAGCAGUCCGCGCUCAAGCAUCGCCAAUGAAACUAUUUCGCGACUGUCGUACUAUGUUUGUAUGAGACCCCUCGUGACUACCACGUGCCAGCUUUAUUUAUAAGUGCUUUCGAAUCAAAAAUAAACUUUUUCAUAUCAUCAUGGAGAAAUUGUUGUGGUUAGUGUCAAUUACUGUCCUUGGAUUCGUUUUCGCCGAUGAUUCUUUUUCUUCAAAUGACCUGGCGAGUACUGUCAAGCUUCUUCAGGAGCAAGUUACCGCACUUCUCGAGCAUCGACAAGAAGAGUACAACGCUCUUGAGGAUAGUUUGAAGAAGGCCAUGGAGAAGAAUACGGAGCUUAUUGUUUUGAAGAAUGAAGUCAAGCUUUUAAGAAAGGAAGUGAAUAUCCUGCGGGGCGGAAGUAGCAACGAAGCGAAGAACGAAAGAUUGAGGGUCCGAUGGCUGGGCAGCGCCGUGACGGAAUUGCAGAGCGAAUUGGCAGAGGUCCUCAAAGCUAGGAAUGCUAGUGAGGAACUUGCCGAUAGAUCCAGGACGAUGAGUGAAAUCGCACUUCUAAGAGGCGAUGUCGCUGAGGUUGGUCGUGGAAUCAGGGAUUUGGGUGGCAGGAUGUCCAGGUUGGAGGCCUCCUUGGGGACCACUCGAAUGGACAUUGCGGCUGUCAAGGAAAGAGUCAGCCAAUUAUCAAGAACCUGUGCUGAUGUCAGUAGUCAGUUGAGCACAAUGCAGAUCGAGUUCAGAUCAACGAAGUGCGAUUCCAGUUCAUCAGAACACAAACUUAACCAUCAUCAAUUAUCUCGCAACGAAAUUCAAAUUGAACCAAAACGCUCAGGCCAUCAUACACGUCACUCCUAUUCCAGAUUGCCAACUUUGAUGCGUCACGUUGAAGAGCGACUUGGUAAUUUGGAACACAAAAUUGCCAUUGUUGCCAGGAAGAAAUCCGUAGUCGAAAAGAGAGUGGUUUUCGAGGACCAGGAAGAUUUGUCUAAUCGAAUUGAAAAAUUGGAAAGCCUUCAACAGGAUCUUUCACGAAGGGUCUUCAAUGUGAGUCAGGAUGUAAUUGAAACCAGGAAGCUGAGUGAGUCAAUGGUUCAACUUUUUGAGUCUGUUCAGACUCUCGAAGAGAAAUUUGAGUCGAAUCAGUCAGAUAAUAAAAGGGAAUUGGCUCGUUUGGAUGUGAAUGCUGCAAGAAAGGCUGCAGAAUUAUCGUUGACAAGGGAAGAAUUGGGAAAUUUGAGGAAGGCUGUUCAGGCGUUGAGCGUCAGUGCUUCAAAGUUACAGGAGAAAGAUGAUCAGCAACAGGUGGCAAUUUCGAAUUUGAAUUCUACACUUCAGAGACUAGAUUUGGUCAAGUCGAUGGAUAAGGCAACCAACAUUACGAAGGAAUUGGAACAUGUGGAAGAUCAGUACAGAUCGAUGAUUGACGCUCUCCCUGGCAACUGCGAAGAAAGAGACGGUCUGACUCUAUUAGCACCUGGACCAGGUGCUCCGCUGCUAGCCUCUUGUAGAAAAGGCUGGAUAGUAGUGGGAAGGAGGACAGACGGUACUAUCGACUUCGAUCGCACCUGGAAUGAUUACGCCACCGGUUUUGGUUCACCAGUCAACGAGUUUUGGGCCGGAAAUGAGGCCUUGCACAGACUCACGAGGGACAAUUGCACCCGAUUGAAAAUCGAUUUAAUUGAUAUCUAUGGUACCUACUGGCAAGCAGAUUACGAGUACUUCAUGAUCGAUUCUGAAGAAACAGGAUACAAACUAAGAGUUUCUGGUUAUUCAGGAAAUGCCACUGAUGCUAUGUCCUAUCAAAAUGGAAUGGCAUUCAGUGCAAAGGACAGAGACAUGGACAUCAGUCCGAGUGAUUGCGCUGCCAAUUACCAUGGUGGAUGGUGGUUCAGUCAUUGUCAACAUGCGAAUCUCAAUGGCAGGUAUUCCCUCGGGCUUACGUGGUUCCGAUCGGACAACAAUGAGUGGAUGGUCGUCGCAUCAUCGGAAUUGUCUGUUCAAAGAAAAAGCGAAUGCUAAAUAAUCGAUUGAUUUUAUGGAGGGCUGGGAUAUUUGAAUAUUUUUGCGAAAUUUACAAUUCAAUUUAAAGAGAAUUUCAGAGGGUCUAUAGUUAUACCCCAACGGUACUCGUAAACGGCACGGUUACGCGGUUGCGAGAGCAUAAAAAAAUACAAAUGCAUAAAUAUAAAUGUGUAAAAAGAUAAAGAGUGUUGAGUUUUGUGAAAUUGCGCAUAAAGGAUAAAAAUAUGUUCCAGCGGGCUACCGACGCAUAAUAUUAGACCACUACUCGGGUGAUCUAUUCAAAAUUAUCCCUGACUUUGUAAGGUGAUAGCUUGAAGAUUUUGCAAAGUUUAUUGGCUCAAGUGAAAGGUAAAAUCCUAUAGAUUACUUUUGUGAGAUAUGAAAUUAAUAAAUUCAUUUUCAUAGUUUCUGCCAAGAGUUGAAGUUGAACUACAAAAUUCCUUAACUGGAAUUUUAUUCUUGUCUCGCUCACAUGAUAAUUCAAGAUAUAAAAGAAUUAAUGCAUAAUUCAAUAAGCUUUACAACGGAUUAAACAAUAUGAUUUUAUAAUCUGAACCUUUCAAAGUCAAAGACAAUUUUUUAUAGAUCACUCUGGUAGUGGUUUGAUACUAUCCAUCGGUGGUAGUGCAUUGGUUCGAUGUGAAUUAUUUCUUUACUGGAAAAAAUAGGCAGAUGUGAAAUCUAUUUAUCAAUUUUUGAAACAUGCCAGAGUUCUCUUCAAUAUGAAAUGUUUAACAUUUCAGAAGUAGAAACAGAGUUAUGUUUUAAUCCUACCUCGAUUACUCACGUUUUUGAAAUUAUUUAUAUAUAUUUGAAAAGGAACUGAACUAUUGAUUUAAUGUUCAUAUUUAUUGCUGAAUCUUCAGAGAGUAGAGAUUUGUGAGUAAAGUAUAUGUUUAUCGAUACAUUUGUAGAAACUGAUGAAUGUGAGAAUAUGUUACUUUCAGUUCGUAACAAUGUAGCUAGUUUGUAAUUCGUCUAUGAUUUAAUUUAUAUUAUUUAAAGCAUGGAAACGUUUUAUAAAAUCGAAUUCGAAAAGAUGACAAAAUCGAUAGACCAGUCAUAUUUCUAUUGAUUUUUAGUGGAAUAGGCUAAGCGAUGAGACUAUCUUCUUUUCCUCUACGAAAAUUUAAGAUAUAAGCUUUGCAUACAUUAAGUAUUUGUCAUAUAAAUAAUUCUUUGGAUUACUAUUUCAAAAACAAAUUUUUUUUAUGUUUCACGUAAUUGUCGAUAGGAAAGAAUCUAGUACACUAGUAUAAAAAAUUAGCCAAUAUUAAACAACAUAGUCUCAAUUAUCACACCAAAGACUUGAUCAUAAUAAUCUUUUGUAUAAAACUAUAAUGUAAAUACUGUAUAUUGAUGUCACUAGCUAAUAUUGGUUGCGUUUCUAAUUUAUAGUCAAUAAAUGUAAACAAAUAUUUCUUAUACACAUUUUAUUUUUGAGUAAAUAAAUAUAUAUGAAAUA